AUGGGCCUGAACAUCGCACUAUAUCUCCUGGUCACGCUGGGCGUGGCUUCAGCCCAUACCAUCAUGCAGGCAGUUGGCGUCAACGGCAAGGCAUCCGGCCAGGGAGUAGGCAUCUACAUGCCGUCUGACGAUAGCUACCAAUCGGACGUCAAGUCAGACUCCAUGGCCUGUAAUGGAUCCCCGGUUACAGGAUUCACGUCUUCCUCCCAGAUCAUCUCUGUAAAUGCCGGCGAUACUGUUACCGGGUCUUGGCUCCAUACUCUUACCUCCACAGGUGCGGAUUCCGAGGCGGACAACAAAGUCAUAGCCUCAUCACACAAGGGACCGGUCAUGGCGUACAUGAAGAAGGUAGCUGACGCGACGCAAAACCCGUCCGCUGGUCCGGGUGAUGGCUGGUUCAAGAUCUCGGAGGCCGGUCUAAUCUCGAGCACGGAGUGGGGAGUGGAUGCUUUGAUCAACGCUGGCGGUGUUCAAACCGUGGUCAUUCCUUCAUGUAUCGAGGACGGCGACUACCUCUUGCGCUUUGAGCUUAUUGCUCUGCACAGCGCUUCGAGUGAGGGUGCCGCCCAGUUCUACAUGGAGUGCGCCCAGAUCUCAGUGUCUGGUGGAUCUGGCGCUUCCACUCCUGCAACUUAUGCGAUUCCCGGCAUCUACUCGGCUACCGAUCCUGGCAUUCAUGUGAACAUUUACAACAACCAGGGUCAACCGUACCCGUCCGGCUAUACUACACCCGGCCCCGAUGUCUUCACCUGUGGUGCUUCUUCCGCUAGCAGUAAUGCGACCACUAGCAAUACCGUUAUCGACGCAAGCGCCCUCGUUGGCAGCGCCACCAGCUAUAGCGUUUCCGACGUCAGCACUCUCGUUGCCAGCAGUACUAGCCCGGUUACGGUCACGUCCAUCGUCCCCGAUGGUACCGCGACUUCCAGAAUCAGCGGCCCAACGAUUUAUCCUGUGGCGUAUAACGCUACUAGCAGCUUUAGACCUAUGGGCAGUGCUGCAAGUCAGCCUGUCGCGUCGACCCUCAUGACCAUGCGGAAGCCUUAUCCUUCUAACCACCACGACCAUGAACAUUCAUGCGCGUAA